AUGGGUCAACUACCUGCCAUAAGAGUCACCCCUACUAGACCCUUCAAACGAAGUGGAGUAGAUUACUCGGGCCCUAUCAGUCUAAGGACCUCAAAGGGACGUGGACACCAUGCGUACAAGGGAUAUAUUUGCUUGUUUGUAUGCAUGGUUACUCGUGCUGUGCACCUUCAAGUUGUCAGCGAUCUCUCCACUCAAGGUUUUCUUGCAGCCUUUAAACGAUUCGUCGCACGAUGUGGUAACUGCAGUAAACUGUGGAGUGAUAAUGGGACCAAUUUUGUGGGAGCUUCUAGGGAUUCAAAGAAAUUAUUUAAAUCUGAGCAGUCUAGAAUCGCCAAGGAUAUAGCCGAAGCUUUAGCCAACAACGGAACCAGUUGGCAUUUUAUUCCACCACAUACACCUAACUUUGGGGGACUUUGGAAAGCUGGCAUUAAGUCGUGUAAGCAUCAUUUAAAAAGAAUUAUAGGACAGUCAACUUUAACUUUUGAAGAAAUGUCAACGCUACUGAGUCAAAUUGAAGCUUGUCUAAACUCACGGCCACUUUCAAGAUAUAAUGAUCACAAUGAAACAGUAGAAGCUUUAACACCAGGUCAUUUUCUACUUAGUGAGCCAAUUUUAACAGCCCCUGAUUACAAUUUCGAUUCAUCUAACAUUACGUAUUUGAAAAGAUGGCAACAGGUUCAACUUUUAGAAACGCUGGUCCCAGGAAUAAUUAUCUCAUUGCCUGAAAUAAAUGGACAAACCAAACCGCUGAAUCCAAUAUAG